UGAAACCUUUACACAGUCACUCUUAAGUCUUAAAGCUGAGCAUUCCUUUUCUUAUUUCUUCAUCAUCCACUUACAAAAAGCAAAGAGAAAAAAUCAGAAGAGAUGGAUCAAAUAAAACCUGAGUUUAUGAAGAAACUGACCAAGUUCAUAGUAAUUUCGAUAUGGGUUUCAUCUCUUUUAAUCACUCACAAUUUCUAUUUAUGUAAACUCACAAUUCAACUCGUAACACACGCGGUAGAUAAGAUGUACAUGUUUCUCGUGUGCAAUGGUCUCUUAGUGUUUGUCGCUAAGUACUCUGGUUUAAUAUCUUCAUCAAAACCUGUAGAGGAAAGCUGGAGCAACACUGAUCAAACCUUUGAUCACAGAGACUUUGGUAGUUACGAUGCAACGUUGGAGCUAGAGUACUACUCUGAUCAUGAUAGAGGAACAAAGACUUUUUUUGCAGAAGAAGUUAGUACACAAGACCAAGAAACCGAAGAAGUUAAAGAAGAUGAAGAAUCUGAUGAACCAUUAACAAAUAAUGGUGAUCUGGAGUGUGAUAAUCAAGGCGAAUCUAGAGAAGAGGAAGAGAAUGUGGGAGUGGUGACGGAGGAAGAUGUGAACAAGAAGUUCGACGAGUUCAUUAGAAAGAUGAAGGAAGAGCUUAGACUCGAAGCUAAACGGCACUUAAUCCUUGUUUGAUUAAAAAUAUUAUCUACGUUUAAGCUUUAAUUAGACGUACGCAAUAAGUUCUUAGAGAGCGCGAGUUUUCUAGCCUCUUCUUCACGUCACUUGUACUUUUGAGCAUCUUUAUCUUAAUGGAAUCUUGUUUUAUAUUACAUAA